AUGUCUCUCCACUCCAAUGGGAGCGCAGUUCGGCCGGAGCCAAUCGACGUCUCCAGCUGGGAACCAUCAUACAGACACGAGGCUACGGACACCUCACACUCGGAAGGAUCUAGUGGAGACGCAGCUAAGGUGACUUCGAACAAGAGACAUCUGCUUGACAGCGUCGCGCGCUAUCCCCGGAAACGUGGGGCGACUGCAUGCCAGAUCUGCCGGAUCCGCAAGACAAAGUGCGAUAAUGCCCGUCCGGCCUGCGGGUUCUGCGUCCAGCACAAUGCCAGAUGCGUGUAUGGGAGCUCGUCGGAGGCAAGCAUACCUUUUGAUGCCGCUAGCGAGGAGAUCUUGAGUCGUCUUAGUGCGAUACAGUCGCUUCUCUCCCACGGCCACCCGGUUCUUCCGACCGCCGCUGGUAGUGCUACUGGCGCCGCUGCUAGCUAUGACCAGACGUACCCUAUCGCUGGAGUACGCCGAGGCGUCGAUCUCAAAAUAGCCUCGGCUUCAACAUCGGCAAGUCACAUGUUAUGGAGGCAGGGCUAUCCUGCGUCGGCUUUAUCAGCGACUCGAUGCGAAACACUACUGCAAUGGCCAGUAUUUGAAGACGUGGUUUCGGUCAGGGAAUCGAACAUCAAGUCGUUCCUCCUCGAUUGCACCUCUGACCGAAGUGGGAUGGUCGACCUCGCGGCGUCGGGGCAGCAGCAGCUUUCAACCUCCGAGCAGGAGGAUGCCUCAGAGGACCUCACAGAGGAGCACCAGGUUCAUGGGGCCAAUUACGUCCAUCUAUGCUACACAUUCCUCUCCGCUGUACAUAGGAGGAACCCGAUUCUCGAUGGAGACAGAUUGAUGGAAUCUGCUCAUCAUGUCAUGACACACGGGCUGAGAUGGGAUGCGAGGACCUGUUUAGUGCUCCUCGCUUCUGCUCUAGCCCAUUGCGGCUCGUCCUGCUCUUUGGACGGUGUAGCAGCAUCCGGCCAAGUCGGACUAACCGUCGCGGGUAUAGAAGAUGAACUAAUAGCGGAGGCUUACUACAUAGAGGCUAAGAAGCGGAUCGGCUUUUUGCAAUCGUCCAUUACCGAUAUUCAAUGCUUGCUACUCGCCUCCAUGUACGAAAAGGCCACCUUGAACGUCAUAAAGGCAUGGGACUAUAUCAAGGAUGCCUGUUCCCGCCUCCAGACGUACCUGUUGAGUCGUCGCGGGGUGGGGCACAAGGAACAGGUCGAUCAUCUGGAGCCACGGAUAUUCUGGUCAUGUAUGAAGGCGGAAAGCGAACUAGCGGCAGAAUUGCCAUUGCAGGCGAGCGGUAUUGAGAACUUCGAGUACCCUUAUCCGUUCCCAUCUCCCCCACAGAGCCUUGCCAAGGCAACUGGCCCGCAUUCGCCACCCAGCGGUUCAGUUGACUCAAAAGAAAGCAACCAUCGACAGAUACAGGAGGAAGAAAGCUGGUUCUUUUAUACCGCAGAUAUCUCCUUUAGGCGUAUCCUGAACCAGCAUCUCAAGGUACUCUACACCGAAGCCGAUACCGGUUGGUCGGAAAACAUAAACUUGACUUUCGCCCAAUUCACGGAAUGCGAACAGCAGAUUGAAGGCUGGUACCACCAUCUGCCAUCCGUAAUACGAUUCAGUUCCGAAGGGCACUCAGAGAAUGAACUUUCGUUGUUCCUCAAAGGCCGCUUUCAGGGUUGGCGCGAGCUUGUUCGUCGGCCUUUUCUUUACUUCGCACUCCACCAUGGUGGCGACGAGCCCGUAGACCCGCAGGUGAUGGCGUUGGCCACGGAAUGCCUUUAUAUAUGCGCGGGUCUGAUCGAUCACUACUUUCCGCAGGGUCGGCACGGCGGCACAUGGUUCAUCUCCCGGAGGACGUUUACCUGCUCGCUCCUGAUUCUGGCGGCCAUUUUCGCCAACCAAGAGGAUCUAAAACCGCCAGAUGACUGGCUCACCGUGCUGCAAAUGGCGAUUGAUAUCCUAGAAAAGUGGGAAACUGCAGCAAGUGACAUUGCAAGAAUGCGUGUCAUACUCAGUAAACUUGUUCAUGAGGCACAGCAGAGAACAGGUAUAGUGCCAAAAAGCCGAUGA